CACUAUAGCUUACUCUUUUGGACCAACAAAUACAUAUACAAAUUCCUACACUUUUCCGUCUCCACCAAAAAUCUUCCCGUCUUUCUCAUCCAACUCAUCAUCAUCUUCUUCUUCACUUAACAUUUCCGGCGAAUAAUGGGUCCCACAAAUGGCGGAAUCCUCGAAACACCGGCACUCGAUAUCGAAACCCCCGGAAUACUCCAGCGCGUCUCCGAGGAAGGCGGCGGUUACACCUUCGCAAGAAUGGCGGCGGCGGCACGUGACGGAGACGCACGUGCGGCGGAGGUGGCGCGUGAGAUGGCGUGGGAGCAGCUUCAUUGUGGACCAUGGCACUCUGUGUUGCCCAUUUGGAGGGAUGCUUAUUCAAUGGCGUGUUUACACGUGGCGAAACACCAUUUCGCCGGAGGUGACUUCUCGGAGACGAUUAGGGUUUUGGAUUUGGGGUUGAUUAUGGGUGGGACCCUUUUGAGGGUUGACUUGGAAAAUGCUGUUGAUAAAGUUAUGGCGGUUUUGGAGGAGAGAGAAAAUGGGGGUAACAAUGGUGAAGGGAGUGAUAAUGGUGGUGGGUUGUUGUUUUCUUCUGCUGAUUUUAAUGAAGCUGAGGUUCUCAGGUCAUUGCCUGCAAAAUCACUGUCUUCGAAGCUUGUUGCAAGACGCUCUGGGUUGUCAUUGGAAGGGUUCCUUCGUGACUAUUUUCUAAUGGGUUUGCCUGUUAUAAUCAGUGACUCAAUGUCCCAUUGGCCCGCUAGAGCUAGGUGGAACAACAUGGAAUACUUGAAAAGGGUGGCCGGUGGUCGAACAGUACCUGUUGAGGUUGGAAAGAACUACCUAUGUUCCGAGUGGAAGCAAGAGCUUAUCACAUUCUCCCAAUUUCUGGAACGAAUUCAAUCUGGCAACACUUGUGCAGCUCCUACAUACCUAGCACAGCAUCCUUUGUUUGAGCAGAUAAAAGAGCUUAGGAAGGACAUUCUUGUUCCAGACUAUAGUUAUGCUGGUGGUGGCGAGCUGAGGUCACUUAAUGCUUGGUUUGGUCCUGCUGGAACUGUAACUCCUUUGCACCAUGAUCCACACCAUAAUUUACUUGCUCAGGUUGUUGGCAAGAAGUAUGUAAGACUAUAUGCAGCCUCUCUGUCCGAGGAACUUUAUCCGCAUUCUGAAACCAUGCUACGCAAUUCUAGCCAGGUUGAUUUAGAUGACAUAGAUGACAAUGCAUUUCCGAAUGUGAGGGACUUGGAGUUCAUGGACUGCAUUUUAGAUGAAGGUGAUAUGCUAUACAUUCCUCCUAAGUGGUGGCACUACGUGCGAUCUCUCACACCAAGCUUAUCAGUUAGUUUUUGGUGGAGCAACCCUGAAGGUUCACCCUGAGUUGACAGUAUCAUAUUUGCUUAGAUCCCGGAAAUUUUAUUUCAAAAAAUUGAUAGAAUUAGGGUGUUAACAUAGACACUCGCAUUUGCUACGAUGUCAUUUUGAUGUAUAUAGACAUUCAAAUGAUGAAUGAUUGAGGCGUUUGGUCUGUCCAAACCUCUGAACUCGUGCAUUGUGAAAUGUAAUUGUAUGCUUUCAAGCAUCUCCUAAAUAUUUUGUCAAAUAGUCCUCAUUCACUGUGUUUAAUGAACUUAUAUCGUCUUUGUUGAUA